AUGUUCUCCAACACUCAAUUCGCGCUUGGCGCUGUCGCGGCCGCCCUCCUGGCGCCAUCUAUCCAAGCAGUGCCCACCCCAUCGCAAAACAAGGCACCUACGAAAGUCAAUCUCGAGCGUCGGGAUCCCAUCGCCUCAGUCUGUACCCAGAAUGACAUUAUGCAUGCGUCUGAUUUCACUCUAUACAACAAUCUCUGGGGUGAAGAUUAUGCCACUUCCGGAUCUCAAUGCACGUAUCUCGACUACAGCAACGCCAAUUCGAUCUCGUGGCAGACAGCUUGGUCUUGGGGAGUUGCCAGUGACGUGAAGAGCUAUGCCAAUGCCGUACUUAACAUUCCUGCCACUCAAUUGAGCACAAUUACCAGUCUUGCGUCGACCUGGAACUGGACUUAUACUGGAGAAUCCCUCCUCGCAGAUGUCUCAUACGACGCCUUCUUGUCCUCCGAAGCUUCCACGAAUGGCGAGCACGACUACGAGAUCAUGAUUUGGCUGAGUGCCCUUGGUGGCGCCGAGCCUAUUGGAUACGGCACUCCGGUUGUCUCGGUCCCUAUUGGUGAUUACACUUGGGAUCUAUACCAGGGUACCAAUACCGUGGAUAACGAUACCUGGACUGUCUUUAGCUUUGUGGCACAGAGCGAGAUCACCUAUUUCACGGGUGAUAUCAAUGACUUUUUCACCUAUCUCAUUGCCAACAACGGCGUGCCGUCGAGUUACUAUCUCCAGACUAUUGGGGCGGGCACGGAGGCAUUCACUGGUUCUGAUGCGUGGUUUACUGUUUCCCCUUAUACUAUAAGUCUUAACUAG